AAAACAUGUAUUGUUAAUAAUUAAAUUAAAGAAUGGCGCAUUUUAUUCAAAGACAAGUAAUUGGAGAUUCAUUGGACUUUUUGACAAAAUAUCAUAAUAUAUCUAAUAAAUUGAAAAAACGUUUUUUGAGAAAGCCAAAUGUUGCUGAAGCAAGUGAUCAGUUUACUGCUCUAGCCAUUGAAUGCGAGCAAAAAGAACUAUGGCAAUAUGCUGGUUUAUGUUCAUUAACUGCAGCCAGAUGUCAAGGAACAUUAGAAAAUGUUUCUUCUGAACUAAACUUUUUAAUAAAAGCUGGAAGAGAAUUUCUUGUAGCUGAUAAAAAGGAUAAGGAUAUAGGUUGUCCUUCCAUAGGACAAGAAAAUACACAGGCUGCCAUAAGCUGUUUUGGCCAUGCAUUAGCACGUUGCUAUAAUCAACCAGGAUUUAAUACUAUGUCAGCCGGUUUAGCAUUAGAAUUAGCACUAGCCUUAGGCCCUACUUCAGCUGGUAUUCAGCAGUUACGUAAAGCUAUUGAUAUUUUUCCAACUUCAAAAGCUAUUAACACACUAGUGUCCUAUCAUAUUAAACAAGGUGAUUAUGUAUCAGCACUUCAAAUUUUGAAUGAAUUUGUUGAAUUUAUUGAAAGUUAUAUUAAUGUUGGUGCAAGAGGAAAUUACAGUAUUAUAUUACACAGAUGUGAAGUGACCAGAGUACUGUUGUUACUUAUACUUCAACCAUCUCCACAAAGGCUUGCACCUUCUUUAACACAAGUUUUGGAGAAAUAUGCAUGGAUAGAAGAAACUACAAAUAAUGAUUUUAACAUGAGUGAAGAUGAAUUAUUACUGUUACAAUCCUUAGUAUUAGCAUGCCAGUCACACGAUUAUGAAGCUUUACUGGAACUGGAAGGUGAAUUAUGGCCAUAUUUAGAUGCUGAACAGAAAGAACUACUGCAUAAGUUAAUACAAGUAUUAACAGCCCAAUGAAUAAACAAUAUUCAAUUUUAUACUGAUUUGUUCAGAAGGAGAUUAAAUUUGUAAAUAUUUCAAUAAAGUCUA